GUCGCCUGCGACACCGAGUUCCUGUUAAUCCCAAACAUCGACGACAAAACAACACGUCCAUUUCUCGAUCAUAAACCCAUCUAACUCAGGCGAACCAGCACCAGCAUGGCUGCUCAGAAGAUAAACGAAGCCCAUGAGCACAUAGCCAAAGCAGAGAAAUGUUUAAAGACGAGUCUGACCAAGUGGAAGCCUGAUUUUGACAGUGCUGCAUCAGAAUACGCCAAAGCAGCCGUGUGCUUCAAGAAUGCAAAGCAGUAUGACCAAGCAAAGGAUGCCUACCUGAAGGAGGCCGAGUACCACACAGAAAACAAGACGCUUUUUCAUGCUGCAAAGGCUAUUGAACAAGCAGGCAUGAUGAUGAAGGAACAAAAGAAGAUGCCGGAAGCCAUCCAGUACAUAGAGAAAGCCUGCAUGAUGUACAUGGAGAAUGGCACUCCUGACACCGCUGCCAUGGCUCUGGACCGAGCAGGAAAAUUGAUAGAACCAAUUAACCUGGAGAAAGCUGUCGACUUAUAUCAGAAAGCAGCUGGUGUGUUUGAGAAUGAGGAUCGUCUGCGUCAGGCAGUAGAGUUGCUGGGCAAAGCCUCCAGGCUCCUGGUCAGGUUAAAAAGGCUGGACGAUGCUGCCGUUGCCAUGCAGAAGGAGAAGAACAUGUACAAAGAGAUUGAGAACUUCCCAAUGUGCUUCAAGAAAACAACUGCUCAAGUGCUGAUUCAUCUUCACAGAGGAGACUUCGUGGCCGCUGAUAAAUGUGUCAGAGAAAGUUACAGUCUACCUGGUUAUAGUGGAAGUGAAGAUUGUCUUGCCAUGGAGACACUACUGCAGGGCUAUGAUGAGCAGGAUGAGGACCAGGUCUAUCGCGUGUGCAACUCGCCUUUAUUGAAGUAUAUGGACAAUGACUAUGCCAAGCUGGCCAUUUCCCUGAGGGUACCUGGAGGCGGAGGAAAGAAAAAGAAGGCUGCUGCUGCUCCACAAGGUGGCGCUGGCGGAGCGCCCGCGGCUGCAGAGGAGGACGACGAGUACGAGGGCGGGCUGUGUUAGCCCUCUGCCCCCCCAGUGUCAACCCUACCCACCCGCUGCCGCCAGAACGCCCCACGUGUGCAACUGAAGCCCCUCAGCUCUGACGGAUGCCUGUGUGGUCUGUAAUGUGCAGAUAAAUAAGGGGGGGGGGUAAAUUAAACGUGACCCCAACAUUUACACUAGGUGUUGCAGAAGAAUUGACAUUCGGCCUUUUUAAUUUGUGAUAUUCUUUGAGGUGGAUCCUCAGGCUGUUGUACGUACAUGUUAUGUUGUUUCUCGUCUCUGUGAAGCUGUACAUUUUUGCUGUUAUUGUUUGUGGGUAGAGUGUCAGAUUACUACUCGUGUAUUCAAAUCAGAAAUAUAAACAUAUGACUUGAUCAGUGUAUAGGUGUUUGUACAGAGAUAAUUUAUUCAGUAUUCGUGGCUGCAGCCCGUUGAAAAGUGUCAAUGGAGCGGUCUAAUGGCUGUAAAUGCAUGUUUGAGGCAAUGAGAAGCUGCAUCAGAGCCGCAGCUGUAAUUAAGCUGUCGAUAUCAUCACUCCGGAAUGAUACUGGUGUCUUCAGCAGCAUCCAGGGAAUGAAAAGCAACUCUUAAAGCAGCUUUCACUUAAACCUAGACUUAUUUUGCUCGUCUACCCUGAGGUAUGUGCUUCCUACAAAUAAAGAGUCAGCCCUGGUUGUGUGUUUGUUCACCCAUUUCCACAGUUCAAUCCUUAAAUAAAAACACUAAUACUGGGAAAAAAAGGGACCAUUGAGAGUUUUAUGAUGCAUUCCUCGCGUGAUUUUCUUGUAUUAGUAAUAUGAGAAUCCUGCUGGAAAGACAAUAUAGUUCAAAUAUUCUAAUAUUAGACUACUUGUGGUGAUAAUUGAUUGUUGAUACUUUGAAUUUAUGCCAUUGCCCUAUUCUUGUAAAUCCCUCUGAAGAGCAUUUCCCCACUUUGCGCAUCAAUAAACAUUUCCGUUGCGUCGCA